AUGUCAACGAGAGCUGGCUUCGUUCGAUUGGCGGUGCUGGUGACGGGGGCAUUCUUUUCCCUCCUCCUCCUACUCAGUGCUCUGCAGCGAACGGAUGAACUGCGUCCUCCAGCGCCUCUAGGGGGAGCAAGGAUAACAGAGACAGCAGCAACACCUCCACCAGUUCAUCAUCUUACGGAACCCAUCAAGGACGAGUUGGUGAGGCAGCUGGAACAAGAGCUCCCGGAAUUGGACUAUGGCUUCUGGUAUCGCUGGGCCAAGCCUAUGGGCUAUAAAGUAAAUGCCACCUGUGCCAAAUAUCCAGAUCCCUUGGAUCUGCAGAUGCACAACAUCUAUUGGCAGACAUUUCUCAAUGGAAAUGUCACCUUUCGUCUAUAUGCCGCUUACUUGGAUCAAAGACAGGCUGCUAAGCAGAAGACUGUAAGGAUUCUGGUCACUGCCGAUCAAAUAGCCAAUGAAUUUCCACCCAGCAAGUGUCAAUUGUGGUAUGAGAAUCACCGAGAACCUAUAGUUGUGCCCGUUUCGGAAUAUCUCAGUGUGUGGGUUAAGGAAUGGGGCGAUCAACCCCAUCUUAACUAUCCGCAUUUGUUGAGCUGUCCAGUGCCCAGGGAAUUGCCUCCAGCCGUGCUGCAUUCCCAGCCCAAGACAGUGUCUUUGGUUAUACAGCGCUGUGAUAAGGCCAGUAAUUCCCUGAGGAUUAACCAGGAGGUUCCCACAACAACAAAAGUUAAUGGUACCAGCAGCACCAGGAGCAGCAGUAAUAGCAGCUCCCUUUCCUCUUCCUCCGGCAACCUUAAUUUUGGUGUCUGUGUCAAGGGUUUUGAUUUCCCUUAUUUUGACCUCUCGGAGCGUCUCAUUGAAUGGUUUGAACUGCAACGUCUCCUGGGUGCCUCAAAGAUCUAUGCCUACAUGUAUGAUGUGCAUCCGGCAGUGCAACGUGUGUUGGAUUACUAUCAACGUACUGGUUACCUAGAGCUACGACCUCUGACCCUGGCCAACGGUAUGCCGCGGUUGAGGCACUACCAACACUUGUUGCUUCAAAAAAGGAAGCUGGAGAAGCGCCUAAACGAAUUGAUACCCUACAAUGAUUGCUUCUACCGGAAUCUCUACAGACAUGACUUUCUGGUCAAUGUGGAUAUCGAUGAGGUGAUCAUGCCCAAGGGGGAUAGCCGGAACUGGCAACAGUUGGUCCACAAAGUCUAUCAAGAGGAGGAGAAAAAGGGUGGCAAGUGCUCUGGCCGUUUUCCGGCCAUUUGCUUCAUCAACUCUUAUUUCACCAAGGUCCCAUCCGAGUUGAGUGACCAUGAGGAACAAGCCACCGCUGGAGAGUUAUAUGUUUUGCAACAUACUAUGAGAUUGGGGAACUACUCGCUCCCAGGACGAGCCACCAAGUGUUUUCACAAUGCAAAACUCUCGUUGACCCUGCACAAUCACUUUACACUCAAAUGGCUGCCAGGAGGCUGUAAUCCCCGCACUGUGGACACUUCACUGGCUCAGAUGCAACACUAUCGGGAACCGGAUAAUAAAUAUGAGCUAAGUGAUCUGGUUGAGGAUCGCAGUAUUUGGAAAUAUGCCAGCGAACUACGUUCAGCUGUGGAGCAUGUGUGGCUGCAUUUGGACGAGGUGCUGUCCCAGGUCAGUGAUGCAGAGGAUCAACAGCAUCUGGAUGAGGCACUUGACCAAGAUGGUGAGACCGAAAUGGAACAGCCGUCGCUGGCACAGGUCCUGUUGGUACCACCACAACCGGUAACGGGGACAAAACCUCAGGUCGGAAAUUAGGUGUUUUUUAAUUAGAGUUAAUGACUGGUUUAGUUCCUUAAAAGCCUGCUACUUGGUUGUUUCUUGGUCCGUCUGAUUUAUAGAACUCUGCUUUAUUUAUAGAAUUGGUUACAUUAAUUUGAGAUAUUGGAUAUAGUGUUUGCUUUACAGUCUAAGUUAUAGAUUUUUACUUAGAAACUUGGUAUUCUGUGAUU